AUGGGACCGCUCACCAUUCGGGUGCUGGAGGAUGGUAGGAAUACGGAUAAUCGGAUUGGGACGAUGAUUUUGACGAUCAAGCCGGGGAGUAAGGGGCCGCCUAUUCAUUGGCAUCGGAUGCACGACGAGACGUUCUUCGUGACGAAGGGGCGGUUGCGGUUCACGGUCAUCCUGGCGGACGAUGCGAAGGGGGGCAGUAAGGAGACGAAGGAUAUUGAUACGAAGGCGGGCGAUUAUGUUAUUGUGCCGACGAAGAGUAUUCAUACAUUUUCCAAUCCGUUCGAUGAGGAGGCAGAGUUCUUUAAUACGUUCACGCCGGCGUAUUAUGUGGAUUAUUUGAGGAUGUUGGCGAAGGCGCUCGAUAAUGUUAUGACGGGGAAGGGGAGGCCGUUGACGGAGAGCGAGCAGAGGGAUGUUAUGGCCCAGUUUGCUACUUUUGCACCGGGGGAUGUUGGGGUUGAGAUUUGA